AUGGAAAAGAGCGGCGUCCGCAGUAUUACAAGAUGUUUUAAUCUUAAUUGUGGGGGUUUCGUACAAACUAAUACCCAAGUUCCUUUUGGCGGUGCUAUCGAUAAGGUCUCUGUUUAUGAUACUGCUGAACAAGUGGUUUUACGUUUCGGCCUUAUUCAAGAUCCUGGCAACAUACGCAGAAAAUGGUGGGUGGUUUACAAUGAUAAUAUUGAUCCAAUUGGGUAUUGGCCACCCACGGAAUUUGAAGAGUUAGUUGAUGGAGUAGACACAUUGAAAUGCGGAGGCUAUGUUUUCACUCAGUCGGGUGAUAAUACUUACCCUCCUGUGGGCAGUGGACAUUUUGAUGAUAGUUUAUAUGAUCGGACUUGUUUCAUGAACCAACUUCAAUAUAUGGAUUCCAACUUUGAUUUGAAGUCUCCAACUAAUGUUCAAACCAUUAUGUCUGAUCCUUACCAGGCGUCAAACUUUAAUGGUCAGUGA